GGUCGAAAUUUACCUGCCGGGCUGCAGCAAUGUCUCAGAUGUUUAACACCACUCCGGCGGAUAUCUGCUGUGCCUUCGAGUCGCCCAUCCUGGAUAAGCUCUUGCCUCCCAUCCUUAUACUGGAGUUCAUCUUUGGGCUGCUGGGGAACAUAGUGGCACUGUGGAUGUUCGUCUUUCACAUGGACAACUGGAAGCCCAACUCUGUGUACCUCACCCACCUGGCCGUGGCCGACACCAUCGUGCUCUUCUGCCUGCCCUUCCGGGCUGACUACUACCGCAGGGGUAAAGACUGGCUGUACGGUGACAUCCCCUGUAGGAUCUUACUGUUCCUGCUGGCCGCCAACCGCGCCGCAGGGAUUUUCUUUCUCACAGCAGUGGCUGUUGAUCGCUACUUGAAGAUCGUCCAUCCUCUGCACCCCAUCAACCGCAUGGGGCUGGGCUACGCGCUAUGGGUGUCCCUGUCCUUGUGGGGGCUGAUAGUCCUCGCCACAGGAUACCUGCUCUCUGACCGCCACUUCUUUUACCGCAACAACCGCACCCAGUGUGAGAGCUUCAACAUCUGCAUGGGAUACAGCCCUCUGUCCACCUGGCACAACACCUUCUACGUGGUCCAGUUCUUCCUACCCACGGCCAUCGUGGCGUUCUGCACUAUCAGCAUCCUGUGGCAGCUGAGAACCAAGACCAUCGACAGCAGCGGGAAGAUCAAGCGGGCCGUGCAGUUUGUGAUGGCUGUGGCAUUGAUCUUCGUCACCUGCUUCUUCCCCAGCACGAUAUCCCGCGUCGCCGUGUGGAUCCUCAAGAACUGGUACAGCGAGUGCGUUCACUUCAGAGAGGCUAACCUGGCGUUCUAUACGUCGGUGUGCUUCACCUACUUCAACAGCGUCCUCAACCCUCUGGUGUACUACUUCUCCAGUCCCUCGUUCAGCGGCAUCUUUCAGAAACUUCUCAACAAGCUGCUGGGGAGGAAGGAAGAAGAAGAGCAGGUUUCAACGGUGGCUGCUGUAAGGAUCUAGAUAUCAAUUGGGGAUUUUUCUUUGUAUGAUCCCCCCAUUGUUACAAAUUGUAUCUCAAAUGUUAGUGCAAUAAACUUAGGGUGAUUUCUAACCAUUUUAUCAAGAAAAAUAUUUGGGGUAAGUUAAUGGAAAUAGGGUAAUUGAUCAGUGAGCUGGGCAAGCUGAACGUGUCAAUUGCCUCGAAAUGUCAUUUUAAGUGUGUAUAUUAGGCCUAUAAAUAAAGUAAUGAAGAAUUUAGACCUAUUUCAUUUAGGCAUUUUUUUCUAGUGAAAUUUGUCGCCAGAAAGGGAACUCAGAACAAAAUACAUUGUUGAAGAUGUUCUAGGAAGAAGCUGAGAAUUGAGGCCCAAUGAACAAUUUUUAUCCAAUUAUUUUCUCUCAAUAAAAUGAAACCUCAGGCCAUGUAACUGUCAUUCUAAGGUAAUGCUGUGUUUCAAGUUAGUGGUUAGUUCUUGGGGUUGCAUUGUUAGAGGAAAUUAGAAUAUCUAUCGAAGUGUAGGCAUAUAGCCUACAGUAAGUUAUACAGAGCUCCUAACUGUUAUACCGCGAACUAAUUGCACCCUGGGGGACAAUACAAUAGAGUCUAGACCCUAGAGCAUCUGUGGUAUAAGUGCUGCGAAGAAUUUCAGAAAUACAGAAAUAUGUACAAUGUAGGCUAUCCUUUAAAUACGUCCAUGGAACAGAUGGCCAAUGUGAAUAAUAGAUACGUGGGGACCGCUGAAGAGGUCAAACUUUUCCUUGCUCUCAUCGAAGAAAAAAACAUUACAGCUAAUUUAGAUGGAAAACAACGCAAUUCCACUAUAUAUCAGGACUUAAGAGAGGAUGUUAUCAAAAGGAUACGACAAGCCCUGGAAUGUGUGCAGUUUUUCGCUCCAACCACUAAUACGAAUUUCCUUUGCGAACUUUCUAAAGAUUCUCAUCACCUUUUAGAUGGAAACGUGACUAAUGUGAUCUCCUUAUCCGCUCUUUUCUUGCAAGCCAUUAAACAAAACUGGUGGAUACGAAUUAAAAAUGUAAGGAUCAAUGCAAAU